AUGGCUGUCGGCAGCGCGGGGAAAACAGACACCCCUGCCGUCCACUGCGCCGGGGCCCACGGCUGCCAUUACCGGGGCCGCCACCGGCGCAUGCGUGGGCAUGCCACUCCGAGCAGGGGCCGCCGCAGCGAUCCCGCUGGCCCCCGGCUGGGGCCGGGCACGGCACCGCAAUCACGCACAGAGCCGCUGCCGCUGCUGCCCACCGCGGCAGGGCCGGGGCCGCUCCACCCGGACCGCAGCUACUACCAGUCCGCCGGCACCCAGGGCCGCGACCGCUGCUGCCAGGGCCACUCCACGGCUGCUGCUGCCCACGCGGGCACAGACAGACUUGGCGGCGCCGAGGCCGGACCCGGCCUAGAUUUUGUAAACAGGCGUCAGUUCUUUCUUCUCGUCAUCCAGGUCAUGGUGAACUGUGUCUAUACCACGUCACUGCAGCAGAACAGGUCUCCUUACUACUUAUCUGCUAUUUAUACACUUAAUAUUCAUUCAUUUCACAGCGUCACCGUGCCAACUGUGAAACACGAAGAACAAACAAAAGUGGCAGAACCUGAACCUGCUAAGAAACCUGCAAAAGAGAAAAGAGUCAUUAAAGAAAUACCAUUAAUAAUGGCAGAAGAAUUUGAAGCUGUUCCUGCGUAUCUGAAAGGUCGUUUAGUGUAUGAUCAGAUUAAUGCAGUUGUUCAAGAGAUUAACAAGGCCGUCGUGGGCAAGUACAAGAUCAUGCAUCGGCCUUUGAAAUCUAUGAGUUUUGCAGUCAGAAAUCUCUAUGACAGGUUCAUACAAGAAGAAACUAAAGAUACAAAAGGUAUUUUUUUUAUUGUGGAGGCUGAUAUCAAGGCGUUCACCCAGCUGAAGGGACACAGCAUCCUGAGCAUCCUGAGGCACUGCCACAGAGUGAGAGAAGUUCGUGGCUCAAACCUGGUCCGCUACAUCAUCUGCUAAUGAGCUUCCCAUGGUCUGUCUACCCAAGAGAGAGACAUUCUGUCUGUGUGCACUCCUUUC